UGUCAUCAUAAAACAAAAUUUCCUCAGACUGUGUUCCUAUAUAACUUGAUAUUUGAUGGCAAUUUGGAAUAAUUUAUAUUCACAAACUACAUAAAUUUAUUAUGUCUUCAGAUUCUUUAACAUCUUUAACAUUCGAGUUGUCAAAAAAUGACAAAAACAAAAGCAGAGAAAAGAACAAAUUGCACUCGGCUGUGUGUUUGAAGAAGAAAAAGCAGAAUUUGACAGAUAACCAGGAACUGUGUGACAAGCUUCAACUAGAAAUAAACAUUUUACAGUCACAAAUUCAUGAAAAAGAGAAAACUUUGUGCCUCGGCAGUUGCCAGGAAGACCUGUUCAACUUUUUGCAGUAUUAUAAUAAUAACAAACAGGCCAUUGAAAAAAUGGUAGAACAUGGGAAAAGCCAAGAUCAAAAUUUAAUAAAACGACAAAAAGCACUAGCUGAUGCAGAAAACGAGUUGAAAGUCAAAAAGGAACACAAUGACAAUAAAAGGGAGAUGGCAGUCAGAGAAAAUGUGAGUACUGUGACAAUUGCUACUCGGUACAGUCGUGCAAAGUUCAAUUGUGACAUGUGUUUUUUUAGUGUGAAGGCUAUGAUUUUAGAAUAUGAAAUUCGAAAGUGCCACCAAAUACUUGAUCUACUCAAUCAGAUUUACAACUUACGGGUUUCUUGUAUUCAAUAUGUAAUCACAUUUCAACUUCCAUUAAUCAUGCACAUUCCAUGCAAUGUGGCGGUCAGUCAAUUAAAGCGACCAACAUUUGUAUUGCAUUGAAUAAUCAUGUCGGUUUUUAUUUUUAUUUUUAAAUAAAGAACAAACAUUUUUGUAGGAACUA